AAAAUACAUAUCAUGCAGGAGGAGGAACAGAGAAUGGGAAAGGAAGUAUCGGAGAGCUGUCUGGACAUUCUGCUUAUAGAGACGGUCUCUUCCUAUACCAAUGGCUUCUAUGCUGGCAAACCGGAACUCGUGGCUCAGGCUGUCGAGGCCAUCGGUUAUCAGGUUGGAAACCAGCUCUGUGAAAGGUACACGAUGGAGAGGUCACAAUUUAGUGAUCACCUAGAAGCAAUCAAAUUUAUCUGCACAGACUUCUGGAUUAAGAUCUUCAAGAAGCAGAUAGAUACCCUGAGGACAGAUCAUAAAGGUACCUUUGUACUGAGAGAUAAUCGUUUCCGCUGGAUUUCACGGGUGUCAAAUCCAAUAUCAGAGGAUUCCGGUGCUACAUUUCCUUCAACACUGCCAGUAAAUUUUGCACAAUCAAGGAAAAUGCACCUCUACUUUCCCUGCGGUAUUAUAAGGGGAGCACUCUCGAAUUUGGCAAUUCCUUGUGCAGUUACUGCAGACAUAUCAAGCCUUCCUUCAUGUAUAUUUACUAUCCAAAUAAGGCGUGAUUAGAUAUCAAACGGAAGAGAUGGAUCAUAACAUGUCUAUAUGAGCAUCUUCUGAACACGGAACGCUGAAGGAAAAAGAUCUGCAUUCUUACCCUUCUUUCGACAGCCUGAUCCCAUGUCAAACAGCAAAAGAUUUAUAGGUACCAGGUGUUUCAAGGCUUCACUUCCUCGAUGUCUCCCAAGCAUGCAUGGAGCAUAUUCAUUAGAUA